UUGGGAAUUUAUGAAUUUUCUACCAUUUUUCUUGACCACUUUCAAACAAAAGUUUGUAAUGCUACACAGCUCUGUAUAUAAAUGGCUGCUACAUGGCAUUUUAAUCCACAGUUUGCAAUUGUGUUUCAUCCAAGCUUAUCCUGAUUCAGCAUGCAAAAGUUUACCAUUUCAAUUGUGUGUUUGCUAGUCAUUGGACUAGUGCUAGCCCAACAUGGUGUGGAAGCAACGAAAAAGGAAAAAGGAAAAGGUUCAGGCUACGGUGGAGAACACGGUGGUGGCGGAUAUGGCGGUGGAGGAUACGGAGGAGAUCAUAAACCGCAUCAUAAGCCUCAUCACAAGCCUCAUCACAAGCCUCACCAUAAACCUCUUUUCAAACCACUAUUCAAACCUCACCAUAAACCCCAUCACAAACCACAUCACGGCGGUGGCGAAUACGCUGGGUAUUAAGCCGAUCAACCAUUGGCGACGUGUGGAUGUCAACUUCAGCUACUUCAUCUUCUGGAAAUCAUAUGAAACUUGCUAUAAUCACGCUUAUCAGUGGCAUACGUUCAAAUAUCAUCCAUGUAUUUAGUUUUUUUGUUUUAACAACCAAUCUUUAAAUCACCGUGAAUACAAAGAGCUUAUUAUUGUGAAAA